AUGGGCGCCGCGGCCCUGCGCGCCCUGCCCUGGGCGCUGCUGCUGCUGGGGCCGCUGCUGCCCGGGCAGGUCCUGCAGGCCAACCCCAUGCUCACCUCCGAGGGCCAGCCCGCGCCGCUGCCCGGCGGCGCCGUGCCCGGCUUCACCGCCGCGCCGCCCGCCGCGCCCGAGGAGAUCCACCCGCUCAAGGAGCAGCCGGCCAACGGCUCGGCCGAGGGGCACGCCAAGCACCGCAAAGCCUUCCCGGUCAUCGGCAUCGACUACACGCACGUCCGCAUCCCCUUCGAGAUCUCCCUCUGGAUCCUCCUGGCCUGCCUCAUGAAGCUGGGCUUCCACGUGAUCCCCUCGGUGUCCAGCAUCGUUCCCGAGAGCUGCCUGCUCAUCGUGGUGGGCCUUCUGGUCGGGGGGCUCAUCAAGGGGGUGGGUGAGAAGCCCCCCAUCCUCAAGUCGGACAUCUUCUUCCUGUUCCUGCUGCCCCCCAUCAUCCUGGACGCCGGCUACUUCCUGCCCCUGCGCCCCUUCACCGAGAACCUGGGCACCAUCCUCAUCUUCGCCGUGGUGGGCACGCUCUGGAACGCCUUUUUCCUGGGGGGGCUGAUGUACGCCGUGUGCCAGCUGGGCGGGCCGGGCCUCAACCACAUCGGCCUGCUGGCCAACCUGCUCUUCGGCAGCAUCAUCUCGGCCGUGGACCCCGUGGCCGUGCUGGCCGUCUUCGAGGAGAUCCACAUCAACGAGCUGCUGCACAUCCUGGUCUUCGGGGAGUCGCUGCUCAACGACGCCGUCACCGUCGUCCUCUACCACCUGUUUGAGGAGUUUGCCAGCUUCGAGCAGGUGACCAUCCUGGACAUCAUCCUCGGCUUCCUCAGCUUCUUCGUGGUGUCGCUGGGCGGGGUCCUGGUGGGCGUCAUCUACGGCGUGAUCGCCGCCUUCACGUCGCGCUUCACCUCGCACAUCCGCGUCAUCGAGCCGCUCUUCGUGUUCCUCUACAGCUACAUGGCCUACCUGUCUGCCGAGCUCUUCCACCUGUCCGGCAUCAUGGCGCUCAUCGCUGCUGGUGUGGUCAUGCGGCCCUAUGUGGAAGCCAACAUCUCCCACAAGUCCCACACCACCAUCAAGUAUUUCCUCAAGAUGUGGAGCAGUGUGAGCGAGACCCUCAUCUUCAUCUUCCUGGGCGUCUCCACCGUGGCUGGUCACCACUACUGGAACUGGACCUUCGUCAUCAGCACGCUCUUCUUCUGCCUCAUCGCCAGGGUGUUGGGUGUCCUCGUGCUCACCUGGUUCAUCAACAAGUUCCGGAUCGUGAAGCUGACGCCGAAGGACCAGUUCAUCAUCGCCUACGGGGGCCUGCGGGGCGCCAUCGCCUUCUCGCUGGGCUACCUGCUGGACUACAAGCACUUUGGCAUGAGGGACAUGUUCCUCACGGCCAUCAUCACCGUCAUCUUCUUCACCGUCUUCGUGCAGGGCAUGACCAUCCGGCCCCUGGUGGAUCUGCUGGCUGUGAAGAAGAAGCAGGAGACGAAGCGCUCCAUCAACGAGGAGAUCCACACGCAGUUCUUGGAUCACCUUCUGACGGGGAUCGAGGAUAUCUGUGGUCACUACGGGCAUCACCACUGGAAGGACAAGCUGAACCGCUUCAACAAGAAGUACGUGAAGAAGUGCCUGAUCGCGGGGGAGCGCUCCAAGGAGCCCCAGCUCAUCGCCUUCUACCACAAGAUGGAGAUGAAGCAGGCCAUCGAGCUGGUGGAGAGCGGGGGCAUCGGCAAGAUCCCCUCUGCCGUCUCCACCGUCUCCAUCCAGAACAUCAACCCCCAGACCCUCCCUCUGGAGCGCGUCCUGCCGGCCCUGUCCAAGGACAAGGAGGAGGAGAUCCGGAAAAUCCUGCGCACGAAUCUGCAGAAAACCAGGCAGAGGCUGCGCUCCUACAAUCGGCACACGCUGGUGGCUGACCCCUACGAGGAGGCCUGGAACCAGAUGCUCCUGAGGAGGCAGAAGGCCCGGCAGCUGGAGCAGAAGAUGAACAACUACCUGACGGUGCCGGCGCACAAGGUGGACUCACCCACCAUGUCCCGGGCUCGCAUCGGCUCAGACCCACUGGCCUACGAGCCCAAGGAGGACUCGGAGAACCUGCCCAUCAUCACCAUCGACCCCGCCUCGCCGCAGUCCCCCGAGUCCGUGGACCUGAUGAGCGAGGAGCCCAAGGGCUGCAGCGGCCUCCCGCCCUCGCCCGAGGAGGAUGAGGAGGGGCUGGUGAUGCGGGUGAAGGAGCCUUCCUCGCCGGGGACUGACGACGUCUUCACGCCAGGGAACGGGGACAGCCCCAGCAACCAGCGCAUGCUGCGGUGCCUGAGCGACCCCGGCCCGCGGCCCGAGCCCGAGGAGGGGGAGCCCUUCAUCCCCAAGGGCCAGUAGCUGCUGGCACACGGCCUCCAAAGCGUUUCUCUCUCUCUGUUCAUUCAUUUGUUCUUUGCUCUCCGUUUUGGUUUCUUGUCACUACACACUGGGUUCAGCCAGGGGAGCCUGUCCUGGCUGGACUGGGAUUGCCAGGACAGCUCUGCCCAGCGAGCCCUGGGCUGGCCCCAGCGAGCAGGGAAGGGGCCCCGGGAUGCCCCGGGCUCCUUGGGCUGCGUGGCCUGGGGGUGACGGACGAUUUUCCGCCCGGGAUUGGGAUUUGCAGGUGCCUCUCAGCCCCCGCGGGGCUCCCCGGAGGCGCCCACCCACUCAGGACCUGCGGCCGGCUCUGACCAGGGGUCUCCACAGUCACUCCCAUGGCACAGCCCCCCUCUGCCCUCUUUGCCGUGCUUCACUGCCCCUCGCCUUGCUCCGGAGCGGAGAGACGGGACAGCAGGAGCUGUCACGGGGCUGGCACGCACACACACACACAGAGACACAGAUACACACACACGCAUGCAUGCACACACACGCACACACACACACACACAGACACACAGAUACACACACACGCAUGCAUGCACACACACACACACGCGCACACACACACAGACGCACAGAUACACACACACACAUGCAUGCACACACACGCACACACACACACAGACGCACAGAUACACACUCACACAUGCAUGCACACACACACACACACACUCUCACACACUCACACACUCCCCGUGCCCCCUCACCUCGGGCUCCUGCGCUGCUCCCUCGCCUUGGCAGCUCCCCCGUGGGCCCGGCUGUGCCUGGGAUCCUCCCUCCUGGCCUCGCAUUUCAUGCCAGGUCUUUUCAGAGAAAUACUCUAGAGCCAUGCAGGGGGAAGCUGGGACCCCCUCGCUUUGAGCAGCCUCUCCAUCCCUCCUGGAACUGCUGUCACCUGUCCCGUGGGGACCCUCCCGGGGCCAGCCUCGGCCCCUCGCCCUGUGCCAGCGCGGCAGCGGCUGCUCCUUAACCAAAGACAGGCCCGGGGUGUGCCAGGGGGGUUGCUUGCCCCCGGGGUGUGCCAGGGGGUUGCUUGUCCCCGGGGUGUGCCAGGGGGUUGCUUGUCCCCCUGCAGUGAGAGGAGCUGGGAGAGCCGAGUGCCAGCUCCCCCAGCGUGGGGACUCCUUGGAUCCCAAAGGUUGGUGGCACGGGCACGACUGGGGGUGCCGGGGGGCCUGGAAGGGCCCAUCUUUCCCCAAGGCUCGGGAGGGAUCACUGGGCGUUCUGGUGGCUUGCAGCCCUCCCUGGCUCAGGCGUGCCCUGUGUCUGUCACCUUGUCCCCCACCUUGUGCCACCACGGGGUGCUCACCGUCCCUGCCCGGGACCCCCGGCCGCUGUCCCCUCCCCGUGCCGUGCCUUGCCACGCUCUGCCCGCUGCCUUGGUGGGCACCUGCCGCCCGUGCCACCCGCCCCACGCCCCGCUGGCACCCCCAGGGCCGGCGCCCGCACCUCUGCCUGCUGCCCUGCUCUGUGUCCAGGAGGAAAAAAAAAAGCAAUGGAAAUUCUCUUGUAUAAAAAGGAAAAAAAAAAAACCCACAUGUAAAGAGAUUCUUGGUUUUUAUCAUAAAUAUUCUAAUAAAUUAAUGUUAAUUUUUA